CUGCAGCGUUAUAUACAUAGCAUUGUAAUAAAAUCUCACCUUAGUUGAUAUUUACAAUGUGAAAUUAACCAUUUCUGUGCUAAAACUAAGCUAAUGAAGCGAACAGAUUAUCUAAAGUAAGUACUUAAUUAUGAAGUAUUUCGUUACGAAUAUCCGAAAAACAAUGAAAAUGUUAAUCUUCUCUGCAAUGCUCAUCCCAAGACUAUUAGCAAAUCUGCAGUGUUCUGACGAAGCUUCAUCGGUAUCCAGAUACCAUUUAACGGAAAAAUGCCACCGAUCGAAACUUGGCAUCGUGGCGUACGCCAAUUAUACUUCUCUGACCAGCUGCCAAAGACUUGGGCUUGAGAAGAAGGGUCUGGCUAUUAAUUUCAGUCCCCCUGAAGCUAGAAAAGUCGGUAUGGAACACAGUUGUGAAGUUAUGAAUUGCGCCGAAACUGAUGGUGGUCUGUCCUUAAAAAAUGACACGAGAUAUGAUUACUACACUUUGUACGCGAGACCAGUGCCGGACAAAAACUCUACUUGUGUUCCCACGAUUGGCAUGUUUCGUCUAUUACCACAAAAACUUAAUUAUACGGAAGCAGUCGAACAAUGCAGGAACAUAAGUGGAGUUCUUGCAGAUAUUACCACUGACCAGAGAACUGAUUCCUUGGGACAGUUGCUAGCGGGAUCCGGUAAUGAAGCGGCUUUUGUUGGAUUAAGAAGAAGUAACGGUAGUGUCUUUAAAAAUAGUCGAGGUACCACUCUAGAUUGUAUCACCUACCGCGCUUGGGCGCCGGGUCACCCGCGGCGGAACUCUACUAAGUUUGAAUGUGUUCUCAUCAGUCGACAAAAAACUUGGCUGUCCUCGGCUUGCUCGAAACGAUAUCCUGCAUUAUGUGAAUUAAACCCCGGAGGGCCGUACAAGAAAGGAUCCAUAUUUACUUCUGAGAAACGAAAUGGAACAAUGAUUGACAAGAAGAAUUGAAGUAAGUACGGUACCUAAUUUAUAAAUUAUCAAAAUGAUGUAAACUAAAUAAUUAGUAAGUCAUAAAUAAACAAUUUUGAAACGGAC